UUCUUUCAGUCACUCGCUUUCGAAAUAUAAAACUAACUCACACUUUCGAAGAUCUGAUUCAAAACUUCUUUUUAGACUUCAGUUUGUUCACCGAUUGUUCCAGUUUGUGGUAUCUUCAUGCGGGACAUAUAGCAAAUGAAAUGCAUAUAGAAAUAUAGAAGAUUUAUUCACCAUAUGCUGACUGGAUAAGUUUUGCAGGAGCACCCGUAAUAUGUCCUCCCAUCAAUGUAUCUACGGGGCCAUAUAUGCUAUUAUAAUAUGCUAUGUUCUGCUGGAAUGUUUUCAGGAAACUUCUGCUACCGAAGUCACCGAAUCUUCGUCAAUCGUGAACAAUUCCACCGGAACUGAUAUUCUUCUUCCACUGCUGACGUGUCAUGCCAAAUACACUGGCUACAAGGAAGUUCGCUGGUAUAAAGAUUAUCUCCUGAUCAAGAAUGGUUCCUCUAAUUUGUCUGGUCAUACGCUUUCCUUGGAUACGCUACUCGGCACGAAGUUUGAACAUCCUUUGAAAUUACAAGGAUACUAUUGGUGUGAAACAGAUUAUGACAAAAAAUCUAAUAUCCACCCAUAUCUUUUUCGGAUCAAAGGUGUGAACACUUAUGUUGGCGGAAUUUUGGCUACAGAAGAUUCGCUAGACAGUGAAAAUGAGUUAUCUGAAAAGCUGAAACGUCUGUCUAAGCAGGAAGAAUACGAACAGGAGAUGCAGAAUAUUCUUUUCGCUUUCUUACCUCUGCCGAAUACAUAUGUAACGGACGUCAGACCGAAAGAGAAGGGACUGGAAGUUCGCUUUUAUUUGUAUGUCAGGCAAGUUCUGGUGCCACGUGGCCAUUCUGAGAACGAGCUCGUCGAAGACCGAAAUCAGCUUGAAUACGUCGAAGAUUACCUGAACAACGAAACUGUUACUGACGAACAGCUGUAUACUCAGAUUUUAGAAUGGACAGCUUUUCGUGGCAUUGACAUCAAGAAAAUUGUCUUGAGAAGUACUUUGGGCUGCUAUGAAGAAGCUUCAUUAGUCCCAGCUGAGCCUCCGGUAGAAAUCCACUGGCCCUUUGCAAGAAUAGGUGAAAUUGUCAUUCCGGAUGAAAGCUGUUCCUUGGAAAGUGGACUAGCAGCGACGAGGACGUGCACAGGAUCGUUCUAUCGGGGCGCUACUUGGGGCAGUCCCUCUGGAAAGUGCAACGUACCGCCUAGUAACCUGACCUUGGAGAUAAAAAAUUUGUACGACAGAUAUGGUGCCGAAGAUAAGUCCAAGUACUUAGCGAAGCUGAAAGAUCUCGCACAAAGUCCUCAAGAACUGAGUAUUACGGAUAUGCAUAUUGUGCUGAAUAUACUAAAGAAGCUGGCAGUAGAACCCGAACUCUACCAAAAGGAUCUGAACAGUAUGUUCUCUGUCAUUGACACUCUCGCAGAAGCUAACACUACGGAGCUGAUGGCUGCAAAAAAUACCAUUCAACUUACUUACAGGCUAUUAAAUAUCAUUGAUAAAGUUAUGAGGCUAGCGACAGAAGAAAACAAAGAAAUUAUCAUUUCCAAAAAGCAUCUCUUGGUGGAUACUAAAAAUACUAAACUGACCAAUAAAGAGGACCAUGUUAUCGGCAUUUCCGUUCUGUCCUCGAAGAAAGGAAAAAGCCUCAAAGAUGGUUCUAUAGAAUUCUUAUUGAACGGUACAAAAUAUCCACAAAGAGAAAGCAUAGCAUACUUUUUAUUGCCUCCAGAAUUGGUGCUGAAGAGAGAAUCAGAUUUACUUCUCCCAUGUCAAAUCAAUAUGGUGUUUUUCAAGGAAUGGAUACUCUUCCCUGAGCCAAAAGGCAUCCUGCUGAAAAGAAAUUACAGGAUUCUCCCAACACCUGUCAUGUAUGCUGCUUUGUCCGGAGGACCAGCUUGGAAUUUAUCAGAACCCGUUCAGAUUUUUUUCCGCAAGAUGUACAAUGAGAAAAUCGAGAACCCGGUGUGUGUGCACUUCGAUCCACUCAUAGGAGACAAUGAGGGUGGAUGGAGUACUGAAGGCUGCGAAUUUGGAGGCUUGAAGAACGGAUUCUACAACUGCCGUUGCCAUCAUCUCUCUAUAUUUGCUGUCAUUUUAUCAAAAAGACCAGAUUCUAUGCCGUACAAGCUAGGAACCUCCAUUUACGUCGGCUGCGGUGUUUCCAUUCUCGCUCUGUCCAUGGUCGUUGUACUUUAUAUAAUUUCAAAGGUUUGGCGUUGUACUGUGGAUCACAGUAUUUUAUUCUGUAUGUCUUUGAGCUUCCUGUGCUUCCUCAUUCUUCUGUUCAUCAGCGAGAUGCGUUUCCUUUGGAAAUCAAGUUGCCUGCUCUUGGGUCUCCUCUCCCAUUACAUGAUCCUUGUAACAUUCAGUUGGUUGCUGGUGCAAGCCAUUCUCUACCGAUUGAGGUUCGCCAAGAAGACCGAUGUUGCUGAAAUACCGCAUUUCAUCGCAAAAUCUGCACUUUUCGCAUGGGGUCUACCGGUCAUUAUCGUCAUCAUCAUUUGGCUUGUAAAAGAAUACUAUUUCUACGGAGAAGACAGUUGCUGGCGGACCGUGUAUGAAGUUUCAAAGGCUACUUUGAUUCCUAUAGUGACGCUGUUGCUUAUGACGUUGUGUGUGAUUUUGUGCGCUAUAUAUGACGUUACGUGCCGUUUCAAGAAAGAUUUCCUGAUUGGGGUCUCAACUUACAAUGACACUGUCAUAAAGUUCCGUGUUGCUGCUACCAUAUAUUUAUUUUUCGUUAUGUCUUGGUUGUUCGGGUUCUUUGCUCUGCAUCAGCGAACGCAAGAGUUGCGGAUCUUAUUCAGCAUCAGCAUUACACUCACUGCAUAUUAUGUAACGUUAUUCUUCAUAUUCCACGAAAUAUCCUUCUGGGACAUGUGCCGGAACUUGAAACGAAGAAAUAAAUCCCCAUCCGAUGUUGUGAGCUACGAUGCUAAAUAUUACAAAUCCACUGAAGACCAAAAGAAUAAAGAAUAACGUUUUUCAUUCAAAUGCAGAAAGUAAAAGAUCAUUGAAUACUCAAAAAACAAACUUGUAAAGAGUAUAUUGAUUUUUUAAAAAUUUAACUACAUAAAUGUAUUAUCUUAAAAAGCAAUUUUUUUAAAAAUUCAACUAAAUAAAUGUAUUUUCUUAGAAAGGGA